GCCUAAUUGAGUGAACAAAUAAUUAAGAUAGCUAGUCUUAAAAAGUAGUACUAGUAUAGUUAAAAUGGCCAGAAAAUCGUCUAAAAUCCCGAUGACCGAUCGGGACUUAGAUGACUUUGUAAGGAAUUCAGAUGAAUCCGAAGGCAUAUAUGAGUUGAUUUUUGGGCUCAUAGAUGAAGGGAACGAGUUUCAAUCAUGUGAAAAUUCAUUGGAAUCGAACAUUAGUUAUAGCAGCGGAGAGAUAUUAAUGGACGAAGAGGAGGAGGAUGAAAAUGUUAACAAUAGCGAAGAGAAUAAAGCGUACUGGGCAUCACAAGAAGAGCUUCUUAAGACAACAUUGGGUAGGACAACUUCUUUUGAAUCGAAAGUCAGAAAAGCAACAAAAGAAGCUCUAAAAGAAUUGAAAUUCACAAGUAUCAAUUGUAGCUGCCGGAAAAUGAUAUCCGAUAGUUGUCGGAAAUGUAUGCAAAGAGAAAUCUCCGAACGACUUACAAACGAAGGCUACAAUUGCUUCAUUUGCAAGUCAAAAUGGAAAAGCUCACCCGAAAUACCUUCAGGUGAAUACACAUACAUGCAAGUGGUGCAAGAUGCAAGUUCAUCAAAAAAGGGGGAAAUGAAGGUGAUUAUAGAAAUAAAUUUUCGAGGAGAAUUCGAAAUGGCACGAGCUAACGAAGCGUAUAAUCGUCUAGUUGAACAAUUGCCGGAAGUAUACGUCGGAAAAAUCGAAAGGUUUCGAAAUUUAAUAAAAAUACUAUGUAGUGCAUCAAAGAAAUGUAUGGAGGAAAAAAAGAUGCAUAUGGCUCCAUGGAGGAAGCAUAAGUACAUGCAAGCUAAGUAUCUCGGCUCGCCGGAAACUAAGUCGGAGACAAUUUUUCCGGUGAACAAUUUGCGCCGUUUGCCAAGGCCAAGUGGUUCAAUGCUCACUUUCGAUUUGCUUGAUAACUUGCCCCCGCCGCCAACGGCAACGGGGUUACAUUUUACGGCGAUCAAAGUUAUUUGAUCACCGAGGUCAAAUUUCUAGCUAGUAUAGUUUGUAUUAGAAUAUUCCUAUUUUGCUCUUGGAAUCUCGAAUUAUUAAUUUCACAUGUAAACUAGUGAGAUAUAAUAUAUUCCUAUUGCAAUCUUAUAAA